AGAUAAGUGUUUUCUUCUUGAUAAGCAAUGAACUAAUAGUAACAGUGUAUGCCAUGCAUAGCUAUGGAUGAUGUUUCUGUAUAUUUUUGAAUUCACUCAAAUGCUUCACUCCUGCCUGUAUAUGUAGCAUGCAUUAUUAUUUUGAAGUGUAGAAGUAGAUGCCCUAAUGCUUUUUAGGGUAUGCUUGAAUAAAAUAUGUAAUGUUUGAGGGAUUUCAUCAUUGUGGCAUAGUUUCAUAUGCUUGUCAGGUAGCUACUGCUUGCUCAUUUAGUUUAUGCAAGAGAAUUUGCUUUGUGAUCAUGUUGUGAGUUCAGUGAUGCUACCAAUUACUGACUUUUAAUUCAGUGUUAUUUUUACAUGGUGAGAGAGCUCACUAUUCUAAUGGUGAAGAAAUUACUUUUAUCUAGGACACAGUUCUUGCCAUGUUUUCUGUAGAACAUUCUGCCUGGGCAAGAAAAAAAAGUGCAUGAGAAAUAUAUGCAGUAUUUUUAGAGACUUUAAAUGCAGAGCAGUUUAAUUCUGUUUUUAUGGCUUGUUUCCCUCUGGUUUUUUUUGUUUGUUUGUUUGUUUGUUCUUGUGCUUUGCAUUAGCUAAGCCAUGUGAAAUUUCAAGCUAAAUUUAUUAGUAUAGUGAAAGCUUAAUACUGAUUUCAUGAGUCACUCCUUGCAACAAAGUUCCUUUCCAGUCUUUGGAAAUGUCUCAUAUGCCCUGCUUGUUUAAGUGCUUGUUGGGUUGAAUCCAGGUUCAGUGUGUUUGUGGAGUGUUCUCUAGUCCGAACUUUCUGAUGCAUGUUCUUAGCUAGUGAGUAAACGAUGCAUACUUUUCACUGAUAGUUUCAGAAUCAGUUUUUCCUAGAAAGGAAAUGUGACUGAGUAAAAGUACAAUUUCUUCCAUGUAACUUCUGACUUGUUCUUUUUUGUUUAGCGAAUGUGCAAGUUUCAAAUAUAAACUUGGUUUUACCCAUUCUUUAACAGCUGUAUCCCCAGGGUUGAUUUUUUUCAUACGCUUGUUAACUUUUCCUUUAUUGUCAUAAAGUCACCCUCUACUAAACUGGUAAAACAAACACACAUGUAUAAUAAUUUUUAGGAACCUUGUACACAUGUAUAUUUAGUUUUAAGACAUCUGAUGUUCAUAACUCGGACAUCCUUACUAGUCCAGUGCAGCUGUUAUUCAUAGUGAUUAAUACAGAUAAAAUCAAACAAUUUGCUUUGGCACUCCUGACUUCACUGUAUUGCUAUUAUAAUUGCUCAACUCUAAGACAUCAGUUCUUAUUUUAAAUCAUUUGUAUCUGUAGGACCCACUUUUCCAUGCUGCAGGGGAAUGUGUGUGAUGUUUACCUAGGUAUACUUUCUGUGCCUCUGUCUUGCAAGUUGUUCUGAAGUUGUCAAGUGUAUUGGUCUCUGUAAUAGUGCCUAGUAUAAAUGUGAGACUAAAUGUCCAGUUUGGUAUUUCGGUUUUGCUGGAUGGCAUAUUAUGUGAAAGUAGCAUGGCUUUGAUUUCAUGGAUUGUAGGAGAAGUAAUUGUUUCUCUUUUCAAGGUGACUUUCAUCCCAGGUGUUUUUCUCUCCUUUUUUUGUUGUUGUUGUUGUGAAUAGAACUAAGCUUUCUAAUGGAAAUAUGAAGAUACAGUCUCUGUUCCUGCUUUAGAAAGAACUAGAGUCCAUGACAAACUGAAACCUUGAAGGACCUAUGACAAAAAUAUUCUCUUUGACAUGAAAGUAGUGGGGAUGAAUCCAGUGGAGACUGGAUGGGAGAAGAAAAUUCACAGUGAAUUUUGGAGAGAUGUGUUUGAUUUUAGGCAGUUUGGGGGUAUUUGGGGAAGGCCUUUCAGCCUCCCGCCACUCUUUGCGAAGAGGUCUCUCUGCCUCAAAUAUUUCCCUGAGAGGAGAAAACCGUUUGUCAGUUCUUCUCAAUUACCUUCUUCCCUCUUCAAGAGCUGGAACUCCGGCAACCUCAAGGUGUACAACCCCUGUAACUACCCCUCAAAAUACACCACCCUCCAGUCCUACCUGCAGCCACCCACCAAGCACAAGUGCCCAGCCAAGUCCACUUCAGGGCAAGGAUAUUCCUUCAGUAAUUAUCCAUCCACCUGAGGAGGACUUAGAAGUGCAGGAAAGCCAGGAAGAGAAGACAGAGGAGAAUUUUGGCAAAACACCAGGGCUGUUAGCAUCUCCUCAGUCAGCACCUGGAAAUUUGGACAAUGGGAAGAGUGGAGAUGUUAAAGGUACUGGGACAGGUGGAAGCAGGGAAAACAGCACUGUUGAUUUUAGUAAGGUUGAUAUGAACUUCAUGAGGAAAAUUCCUUCAGGAGCAGAAGCAUCAAAUGUGUUAGUGGGAGAAGUAGAUUUUUUAGAAAGACCAAUUAUUGCUUUUGUGAGGCUCUCUCCUGCUGUGCUUCUCUCAGGCCUCACAGAGGUUCCGGUACCUACACGGUUUUUGUUUUUAUUGCUGGGACCAGCAGGAAAAGCUCCACAGUAUCAUGAAAUUGGAAGAUCAAUAGCAACACUUAUGACAGAUGAUGUUUUCCAUGAUGUUGCCUAUAAAGCUAAAGACAGAAAUGAUUUAUUAUCAGGAAUUGAUGAAUUUUUAGACCAAGUGACAGUACUACCUCCAGGAGAAUGGGAUCCAUCUAUACGAAUUGAACCACCAAAAAGUGUUCCUUCCCAGGAGAAAAGGAAGAUACCUAAGUUUCCAAAUGGAUCUACCCCUACAGGAGAGACUCUCAAAGAAGAAGGUCAUCAUGCUGGACCUGAACUUGAGAGAACUGGAAGGCUUUUUGGUGGUUUGAUACUUGACAUCCAAAGGAAAGCACCUUUUUUCUUGAGUGACUUCAAGGAUGCAUUAAGCCUGCAGUGCCUGGCCUCGAUUCUUUUCCUAUACUGUGCCUGUAUGUCUCCUGUAAUCACUUUUGGAGGGCUCCUGGGAGAAGCUACACAAGGCAGAAUAAGUGCAAUAGAAUCCCUCUUUGGAGCCUCGUUAACUGGGAUUGCCUAUUCUCUCUUUGCUGGGCAACCUCUUACUAUUUUGGGGAGUACCGGACCAGUUCUAGUAUUUGAAAAAAUAUUAUUUAAAUUUUGCAGGGAUUAUGGGCUUUCCUACCUCUCCCUACGAACUAGCAUUGGUCUGUGGACUGCAUUUUUAUGCAUAGUGCUUGUAGCAACAGAUGCCAGCAGCCUUGUCUGUUACAUCACUCGAUUCACUGAGGAAGCUUUUGCAGCACUUAUAUGCAUCAUAUUUAUUUAUGAGGCAUUGGAAAAGCUUUUUCAUUUGGGAGAAGUGUAUGCCUUCAAUAUGCACAAUAAUUUGGAUAGACUGACUUUAUAUUCAUGUGUAUGUUCUGAGCCUCAGAACCCCAGCAAUGAAACCUUGAAGGCUUGGGGGAAGAUGAAUAAAUCUGUGGAAACUAUUGCAUGGAGUAACCUUACAGUAACUGAAUGUAUAGAAUUUCAUGGUGUGUUUCAAGGAUCUGCUUGUGGCCAUCAUGGACCAUAUAUUCCAGAUGUUCUCUUUUGGUCCGUCAUAUUAUUCUUUACAACGUUUUUCCUCUCCUCUUUCCUUAAGCAGUUCAAGACCAAACGCUAUUUCCCAACUAAGGUGCGUUCUACCAUCAGUGACUUUGCAGUAUUUCUGACGAUUGUAAUCAUGGUUUUGAUUGACUAUCUAGUAGGAGUGCCAUCUCCUAAGCUUCACGUUCCAGAGAAAUUUGAACCCACACAUAAGGACCGAGGAUGGUUCAUAGACCCUCUUGGAGGCAAUCCUUGGUGGACGCUCCUGGUAGCUGCUGUUCCUGCUUUACUCUGUACCAUUCUGAUUUUCAUGGAUCAGCAAAUAACAGCUGUUAUUAUAAACAGAAAAGAGCAUAAGCUGAAGAAAGGCUGUGGUUAUCAUCUUGAUCUGUUCAUGGUUGGCAUUAUGUUGGGAGUAUGUUCCAUAAUGGGCUUACCUUGGUUUGUCGCAGCAACUGUCCUGUCUAUAAGUCAUGUUAACAGCCUGAAAGUUGAAUCUGAGUGUUCUGCACCAGGAGAGCAACCAAAGUUUUUGGGAAUCCGGGAGCAGCGAGUGACAGGAUUGAUGAUUUUUGUCCUGAUGGGGCUGUCAGUGUUCAUGACCUCUGUGUUAAAGUUUAUUCCAAUGCCAGUUUUGUAUGGUGUCUUUCUUUACAUGGGAGUGUCUUCAUUAAAAGGCAUUCAGUUUUUUGACCGUAUAAAAUUGUUUGGAAUGCCUGCCAAGCAUCAACCUGACCUGAUAUAUCUGCGUUACGUACCACUCUGGAAGGUCCAUAUCUUUACAGUUAUUCAGCUCACUUGUCUCGUUCUUUUGUGGGUGAUUAAAGCCUCUGCAGCUGCUGUUGUUUUCCCUAUGAUGGUUUUAGCGCUAGUGUUCAUUCGCAAGCUCAUGGAUUUAUGUUUUACCAAAAGAGAGCUUAGCUGGCUUGACGAUCUUAUGCCAGAAAGUAAAAAGAAGAAAGAAGAUGACAAAAAGAAAAAAGAGAAAGCAGAGGCAGAGAGAAUGCUUCAGACAGAGGACAAUGAGAGCGUACACCUUCAGUAUGGAGAAGGAAAUGUUUUGAAUUUUCCUGUAAAAACUCUAAAAUACAGCAUUGAUCCCUCAGUUGUAAACAUAUCAGAUGAAAUGGCCAAAACUGCACAGUGGAAGGCUCUGUCCAUGAGUACUGAGAAUGCCAAAGUAACCAGAGCUAACCUGAGCCCUGAGAAACCAGAAAGUGUGAAAAUAAAUGUGGAAGAUUCACCUGUUGUGAAAUACGUGGAUGCUGAAACAUCUUUAUAGAACUGAACCAGGGGGAAUUGUGUGUAUUUGUGUGUGUGUAUAUAUAUCAUUGUAGGAUAUUAUACCACUGAAGUGUGAUUUCCAAUUUAAGGAGUAACUUGUAUUUAAUUCUGCCAUUGUUUAGGGAACUGUAGAUACGCUGACAUGAAAAGAUUUGCUUACAGAUCAGUUGAGUGGUAAUCACACUUCAGCUAUUUAUUUUAUUGGGAAUUUUAUUUUCAUUUUAAAUAGGAAUAUUGUAAUGAAUGCCUAUUAUUUUCAAUAAUCAAUAUGUGCAUAAAAGUUCAAUCAGCUUUUGCUGAUGAUUACUGGUCCACAUCGCUUAGAAUUUGCCAUUACCUCUGUUUAUAACAUGCGCUACAGAAGUUUGUUUUCCGUGCAGGAAAUUACUGCUUGUUUCUGCAGGGUAUACUUUUUUGGUGAUUUCAUAGAUCAGAUAUUAAUGUCCUGUUAACAUAAAUUACUGUGUUUUGUAUCUCCACUACAUGCUAAUGUGUUUUGGAUUCUGUCACUCAUAUUUUACAGAGGAGUCCUAGAGCCCUAAGUCAGAUGGCUAAAUAACCCUUGAAAUACAUGUAAAUAUCCUGUUCUGAUACUUUUAAAUAUACCCCUGAUUUUUCAUUUUCAUCCAGUAGCCAUAUGAUUUUAGUAACUGUAGUUACAGUCCCAAGUCAGUAUUUGCCAUUCUGAAAUCUGUGUUUACUCAAUAUAAAUUGAACUUACAGGCAGCAAGUUGUUCUGUAGGAAGUUAUACUUGCUACACUAGUGCUCUUGAUUUCUUUAGCUGUUUUUAUUUACACUUUCCAUUGACUUUGAAAAACUGAUUUACUCUAAGACUGACAAUUCAGAGUGUUUCACGUCCUCAUCAGAAUAUCUUUCUUGCUCAAUUCAUUUUUAAAGUUUAUUAUAUAUUUGAUUAAACUAGCCACAGUUUAAUUCUGUAAUAGGUUUAUGAUCAAUAUUAUUUUAUGGAUUACAAAUUGCUUGUGGUAUUUCUGUGUACAGUUCUGAUUCUCUUCAUUGUAAAGGGCAUACGUGAUAGCACACCAACUUAUUUUAAGCAUUUUAUUUAUUUUAAUUAGUAUAAAAUUUUAUCGUGUUAGAAGAAUUGAAAAAGUAAAUACUCAUUUAUUGAAGUAAAUGGGAUUUUGGAGGUUCAUUGAUUAAAAAUGCAUUGAUUAAAAAGUGCAUUUAUUGUAUUUACGUUUUUGAGGUUUAGUGUUCAGCAGUGUAAAAUCUGAGAUGAUGAGAAUUUUAUGUGCAAGUGAAAAGCUUGAUCGAUUACCUGCUGCAGUUUCCAUUGCUAAUAUUUUUUUGCCUUAUGCCUUUGUUUUUUGGCUUAAAUUUCUGAAGUAGUCUUUUUAGAUUCUACCAGCCCUUUCUGGAUGUAUUAUAAAGGCUUUAAUUAGAAUCUGUGCACAUUUCAAACUAGAGCAUACUGUUAGCUUAAUUCUGUUUUGGUAGAUUUGUGAGUUUUACUGUGGACUUCGUGGUAUAAUUCUCAGUGAAUGCAAAGGAGCAGAUUUGGAGGAAGGCAGAGUUCAUCUGGAAGUACCCCUGAGUUGGAAUUCUGGUAUUCUUCAGACGAGUAACAAUGAGAUGAAAGAUAAUUGUAUAUUAUGAAAAUAAACCCAUCAGUUGGAAUAAGAAAAAAUAUUUGAAAAUAAUGCUUAAGUUAUAUGGGCUGUUAGCCAUUCCUAUUACACAUGAUUUAAUAGUUUAUUUUUUUGUUUUCUCCAUUUGACUGAAUUGAUAAGGCAGUUUACUGAAAAUGCAUAAUAGCAUACAGCAGUAUGAAAGAUCCAACCCAAGUUCUCAUGACAAAGGCUCAGUGGAAAAGCAAGUGAGGUCUGCAUUACUAAUCUGACUGUGUAUGACCUCUACAGGGUGAUGCCCAUUUAUCCUUAGAUAACGGCGUAGCUUGUGCCUUAGCUUGAGUAUUUGCUCUUUCAGGAAAUAGCUAUUUUCCCUCUAAUGAAACUGAGAUGCAAUGAAAAUAUGGCAGGCAGUUGCAUUAUUAAAAAAAAACAAACACAACCAGCAAACCACAACAGACCAACUCAUCUGCUCAUCAGUUACUGGCUCUUAGCUGGCUGCUGGUGAAUCUAAGAAGGAAAAUGCUAUUUUGAGCAGUUUACAUAGUGUUAUCCACAAUAAGCUACUUUUGUACCACUCUUCGUAGUAGUAUUUUAUACAUCAUAUUCAGAGCCCCAUGAUUGUUUCCAAAAGUCAGAAGAUGAUUAUAAGCUUCUUAGGUUUUUUAACUCUUCAGUGCCAGAAAUCAGGGUUCCCUGGUGCUAUACAACUUUUAUCUGGCUUCUGCUUUUGAAGGGUUAAAGAACAGCCAGUACUGCAGGAAGCAGGUGUUUUUCUUGUGAAGUUUAAAAACAGCUAAUGAACCACCAAAGCCCACAAGUCUAACUGCAGUAUUUCUUUAAUUCUAAUUCUGUAGAUACUUCCAUCAGUGCCAGAAAUCCCUUGACUUGCAAAGCAGUUUACAGUGACCUUUAGUUCCAGUGUUCUUUGUUAGUAGCGUGUCCUAGCUUGCACUUUUUCCCCCAUGUGAAUAGAAGACAACGUGGUAUUGAGUGCAUAAAAACCCAUGGAUAACGUAUGGUUAAUAACUUACUGCUCACUGUGUACCACUUUUGCUUUAAAUUUGUGCGUAGUUGAAGUAAAGCUAAGAUUAUCGCGGACUGUAUAUUGAUAAGUUUUGCCUUAAUGGGUGUCAAAGAGCAGUGAUAAUAACUGUGCACUGAUUCUUUCAUAGGGGUUAAGCCGUAUAAAAAUUAAGCCAAUACGUUUCCAUUCCAGCAGUUAGAGGUAAAUGAACAGUCCUGCACUUUUUUUUUUAGAUGCCUUGGUUUCCCGGAAUGGAGCUUAGUGCUACUGUGUAUCUGGCUGCAGAGCCGCCUCAGGAAGUCCCCAGUCUUCUUUUUUUUUUGGUUUGUUUUGUUUUCCCUUUUUCUAAUUUAUUUAUAAAUAUGAAUGUUUACAUGAAGUGUGGGUCUUAAUUUUGACCACUCCAUUUAAAUUAUCAUCUAAAAUAUUUCACUUAAAAUGCAGUCUUUUGUUUAAAUUAAACUCUACAAAACUCCUUCUCAGUACUUCUCACGUAUUACAAUGACAUGCUUUCAUUCUGUUUACAUAUGCCCAAGUUAAUUAUACCUUCCUAGAUGAAUUUUGCAGCUACGACAGAAUAUGUUGUUGUUUAGGGAAAUGUUCCAAAUUGCCAAGUUAGACAUGGUAAGGUCGCUAGGAUAGAAUUCAAUGCCCUGUUGGGGUUUUUCAACCAAAUGUACAGGCCAUUUUUUUUUUUUUUCUUCUGUGAGUAAUGAAAGUUUUCCCAUAACUUUUCAUUUGCUUCACUUGCAUCUUUGUCUUUAUGUGGUAGUUUCCUGCCUCGUGUCAGGCAGGUUCAGCUUCUGUAAAAUACACCUGUGACAAACCUGUGGUGUCCUGUCACAGUGUCUGCACAGUUUUAAAGGAUUGUCUUGUACAUAUGUUCUGUAAAUCUAAGAUAAGUGACUCAUGAUUUUCAGUUCACAGUGUAGCCUCUUAGAUGAGCAUCACAAUGAUUUUAGUUUUCCUUUUGCUUUCUGUGAUUAGUAAUGUUUUAAUUACUCAUUUAGGUAAAAUUUAUUAUAAAGUACAGUACGAACGUGUGAAAUACUUUGUUGAUACCAACUAAUUUAUUUUACAGCAAAUUUUAAGACUAGAAGCACACAGCUUUGAGUCAGUGUAAGACUAGUGCUAUGAAUACAAAGCAAAUUGCUUAGAAUUUUAAGUCUGUUUUAUUCUAUAACUUUUUUUUUAGGGAGAACUUACAGGAACUUCUUAGUUGGCAUUGAAGUUAAUCUAAAAGACAUUUUCGUACGGAAUUUAGUAUAGUGAGUUUGACAGCCAGUCCUUUUCUACUCCACAACGCUGGGGCGAGGCACACCCUUUGCAAUACAGCCCCUCUGCUGCGGCUGCUCCGCGCAGCGCUGUCUUCCGAGGUUCAGCACCCGCAGCUGAGCCGCGCUCUGACCUCAGUGCCGCUGGUCGGAGGUGCCAUCACACGCCGUACGGUCCCGCUUUGUACGACCGCUUUUCUAACGGCAGCGACGCUUUCGUACUUUGUAACGGAAUCCCAAAUGUAGAAGCGAUCUUCGGUUUGUACAGAGAACACCGAUCUCAGACUCAGUCUUCAAUGUGAAAGAUCCAGCCUUCGUUGUUUUUAAUUACUGGUAGAAUAAAAUUAUCUUUUGUAACGUUUCAGAAAGUUGGCAAAAGCAAUAAAAAUCUACUGGACAAUA